GCAUGCCUCAAGGGCACUGUAUAUUUACUUCGGGGUAUAAUUAAGCCAGCAGGACUUCCUCCCCCUGAUUCCAAGCAGCCUCGUCCACGCCGUGCCUCUCCUCCUUGCUUCUCCAUCACAGCAUUAUGCUUCGUCUGGUACUUCUGGCGGCGGCGGUGGCGGCGGUGGCGGCCUCGCCCACCAUCCCUCUGGCGGCUAAGGCGAUGUACAACCCGGAACUCUUCCAGGGUGACAUCAAGGGCAUCGCUGGACAGGAGCCUGGGCACGAGAGGGCGGCCAUCCUGGGACCGCAGUACCUGUGGCCUGGCGGUGUGGUGCCCUACGUCUUCGGCAGCUCCAUCACCUCCCAUCAGAAGAGCAUCAUUCUUCAGGGUAUGAAUGACUUCCACGCCAAGACUUGCAUCAGGUUCGUCGAGAGAACCACUCAGCGCGACUACAUCGAGAUUGUCUCCAACGACAGCGGGUGCUGGUCUUACGUGGGCACGAUCGGAGGCAAGCAGCGCCUCUCUCUUGACGUCAACGGCUGCAUCUACGUGGGCACGGCCAUCCACGAGCUGAUGCACGCCAUCGGCUUCUACCACGAGCACUGCCGCAACGACCGCGACAGCUACGUCACCAUUCACUACGAAAACGUCAUGGCAGGUAUGGAGUCCCAGUUCGACAAGGACACCUAUUGGCAGUACGUGGGCGAGGGCUACAACUACGCCAGCAUCAUGCACUACGGCACGUACGCCUUCUCCAUACAGUGGGGUGUGAAGGAGACCAUCGUGCCCACGGACCCCAACGUGGUGCUGGUCGAGGCUUACGACAAGUACGAGAUGGCGCAGACUGACGCCAACCAGAUCAACAACCUGUACCGCAACGAGUGUGCGUCGCGCCACUAAGCGAGCAAAGCAGUAAACUUGGGACUUGGGAGCUAAUGCCAGUCACUCGCUUCCGCUGAAAUGAGCUUUCCAACAAAUCGAAUGAUUGCUGUUCUUGCUUGGUUUUGUACAAUUUUCCAUAAUACCGAAUUUGAAUCCUUUACAUGUGUAUUAUGUAGAUUUUCCUCACCUUCUUAGUUCCUGAACACAUUGCUAAUUCCUCAUCUCCUGUCUUUGAUUUUUUUUUUCCUAGGAUAUUUGGUAUAAUUCGUAUACUUUCUAAAACUUUAUAUGUAUGUGUAAAAUCAUCUAUAUGAGUAAAAAAGAUAUUCAC